AUGGUGCCCGAGCGGCGGAGCAUCUCGCCAAUGUCGGGGAAGGACGCCCUCCUAGCCUCCCUUCUGUGGAAUAGGGAUCGAUUGGAUGGUGGAGGAGGCGAGUGGUCAUGCAAACCGAGCGCGGUCGACAACUUUUAUGGCCGGGAGGAGGUGUUGUGCAUCGGUGCCGCCAUGGAUGCGCUGGUUGAGCAAGGACGAUGCGCUGGCUGGCGUGGAGCGGCGUUGACACAGCGGAGGCGGUCAUGGGAGAUAAGAAAGCAGGCUAGAUGUCAAGUGGGGAAGAAGACAGAACUGACCACAGUCGCGCACUGCUGUGUCAGUGCGGCGGCCGUUGUUGUCGUCGUCUGGCGAGGAAGCGGACGACGGUGCGAGGUGGCCUGA